AUGAACCCCUUUGAGGGGAGGGAGGAGAAACAAGCUGAAGUCUCCCCUGAUGUCGAGAUUGAAAUUCCCACCAAUACCCCCGUGAAUGAAGCCAAGGAGAUCAAUGAAUCGUCGCAGGUCAUCGAUGAACAAGCGCAGGCCGGAACCCAAAAGGCCCAGGCGAGUACUCAAGCGUGGACCAGAAACACUCUGCUUGCAGCCUAUAUUCUGGUCUGGAUUGUCAACUUCCUCGAGUAUUUCAGUUCGGGCCUUCUCAGCUCGCUGUCGCCCUACAUCUACAGCGACUUUGAGCUGCACUCACUGACGGGCUUGACGGGCGUUAUUGCUUCCUUGGUCUCUGCCCUGGUCAAGUUCCCCUAUGCGAAGCUCAUGGACAUCUGGGGCCGGCCUCAGGCCUUUUCGCUCGCCGUUCUCUCCCUCACGAUGGGACUCAUCAUGAUGGCGGCCUGCAAGAAUGUCCAGACCUACUGUGCCGCGCAGGUCUUCUAUCAAACGGGAUUCAGCUGCAUCGACUUUUCCAUGACCAUCUUCAUUGCCGAUACGACGGCGCUCAAGAACCGUGCGUUUUGGAUUGCCUAUGCCGCCUCGCCGUAUCUGAUCACCCCCUGGAUCUAUGGCUAUGCGGCCGACCAGAUCCUGGCUCCCGGCGGCAUUGGCUAUCGCUGGGGGUUCGGGGUCUUUGCCAUCAUCAUGCCUAUCAUCAGCGCUCCGCUCUGGGGCCUGUGGUACUACACGCAGCAAAAGGCCGAGAAGAUGCAGCUGGCGCCCAAGAAGGAGGCCAGCACCCGCACGCUGGGGCAGUCGAUUGUUCAUUAUGCUGUGGAGUUUGAUGUGAUCGGCCUGCUCAUCAUCGCCACCGGCUUCUCGCUCUUCCUGCUCGCCUUCAACCUCUACUCAUACCAGGCCAAGGAGUGGCAGUCGCCCAUGAUCCUCUGCUUCCUGGUCAUCGGCUUCCUUCUCAUCCUCGCAUUCCCCGUCUGGGAGAGAUACUGUGCCCCCGUCAAGUUCAUGCCCUGGGAGCUGAUCCAGAACCGCACCGUCUUCUUCACCUUUUCCAUGGUCGUCUCGCUCUAUCUGGCCUGGUACAUCUGGGACGACUACUUCUACUCUCUGCUGCAGGUCGUCUUUGACCAGGACGUCACCCAGGCCACCUACAUCUCCAACAUCUACACCAUCGGCUCCUGCACCUGGUGUCUGGUGUUUGGAGCCAUCCUGCGCCACCAGGGCCGGCUGAAAUGGUGGGCGAUCUGCUUCGGCGUGCCUCUGACCGUCCUGGGAGUCGCCUGCAUGAUCAAGUUCCGCCAGCCAGACUCCUACAUCGGCUAUAUCGUCAUGUGUCAGAUCUUCGUCGCCUUUGGCGGCGGCACCCUGGUCAUCUGCGAGCAGAUGACCGUCAUGGCCGUCUCCGCCCAGCGCAACAUCCCUUCCAUCCUCGCCAUCGAGUCCGUGGUCGCCAGCAUCGGCAGUGCCGUGGGGGGCACCAUUUCCGUCGCCAUGUGGACCGGCAUCUUCCCCAAGCAACUCAAGCAGUUGUUGCCGGCCUCUGCCCAGCCGGACUUCAGCGCCAUCUACGGCUCUCUGGCCAACCAGCUGGCUUACCCCAGGGGCUCUGCUGUGCGCGAUGCCAUCGAGGAAGCCUAUGGGCAUACCCAGCGCAUCAUGCUGAUCACCGCUACGUGCUUCUAUGUCAUUACCUGGGCGUCGUGCUUCUUGUGGAAGGACAUUGAUGUCAGGAAGAUGAAGCAGCAGGUUCAUGGCGUGCAUUUUUAA